GAGAGGUGAUAGAGGAAGCGACGGAAUGGAACUUGUGUCACUACAUUGUGGAUAGUAAUUGAACCUUGGACCUCGUGAAACUGGAGGGACUCAUGACUGGCUCAGAUAACAUGUUAUUUAAAAGACCGAUCUGACAGGAAACUGCUCAGUAAUAUUCCUAACAGGUUGCAUUGUCACUUCCACUCAUCAAGACAUGACAUUUAGUUUCUGCACAAACUGUUUCUCUCUGGAUGAAAGCUCUAUUCCGUGCCGGAAAUUCUUUUCUACAAGCAGUGGAAGGAUACUCGGAGGCACCGCUAAGAAUUACAGAAGCCGCGAUAAGGUGAAAUUGGGCAGGGGAUUAUCAAGAUCUAGUUCAUGGGCGAAUUCUCGUAUACAUUAUUGUCGGCUGGAGUGCAGGGGAUCUAAUCUUGUUUCUGGUGAAGCUGGUACUGCUGCUGUAAUCAGGCCUGAUGUUAGGGCCGAUGUAGCAGCAUUUUCGAUAUCAGUUCCUUCAAAUCCUAUUAAGCAUUGGUGGCGGUUGCAUCUCAUCACCUUAACUGGAAUAAUAGCAAGCAGCUUUAUAGUUAUUCCAACGGCCGAUGCAGCUGACGCGCUCAAGACAUGCACUUGCCUGUUGAAGGAAUGCAGGGUGGAGCUGGCCAAGUGCAUUGCUAACCCAUCAUGCGCAGCAAACAUAGCAUGUUUACAAACUUGUAACGAUCGUCCUGACGAGACUGAAUGCCAGAUUAAAUGUGGAGAUCUAUUUGAGAACAGUGUCGUCGACGAGUUCAAUGAGUGUGCAGUCUCACGCAAGAAAUGUGUUCCUACGAAGUCUGAUGUCGGUGAAUUUCCCGUACCUGAUCCGUCUGCUCUUGUUAAGAGCUUCAAUAUCUCAGACUUCAACGGAAAAUGGUUUAUCACAAGUGGACUGAACCCUACAUUCGACACAUUCGAUUGCCAAUUACAUGAGUUUCACGUGGAAUCGGGCAAACUUGUCGGAAAUAUAUCUUGGAGGGUAAAGACUCUGGAUAAUGGUUUCAUUACUCGAUCGGCGGUACAGAGAUUCGUUCAAGAUCCUCAACAGCCCGGGAUACUUUACAAUCACGACAAUGAGUACCUCCAUUACCAAGAUGACUGGUAUAUUAUAUCCUCCAAGGUCGAAAACAAACCAGAUGACUAUAUUUUCGUAUACUACCGCGGUAGAAACGAUGCAUGGGAUGGAUACGGUGGCGCAGUAGUGUAUACUAGAAGUGCUUCUUUACCAGAAACAAUAAUCCCUGAGCUAGAAAAAGCCACAAAAAGUGUCAGUCGCGACUUUAGUAAGUUCAUCAGAACAGACAACACAUGCGGGCCCGAACCUCCCCUAGUGGAGAGAAUAGAGAAGACGGUAGAAGAAGGCGAGAAAACCAUUAUCCGAGAAGUAGAAGAGAUAGAAGGAGAGGUCGAGCAGCUGGGGAGAACCGAACUUACGUUGUUUCAGAAGCUCGCAAAAGGGUUCAUGGAAGUGAUAAGAGACGCGGAGAAUUUCUUCAAGGGGUUGGGCAAAGAAGAGAUGGACCUUCUGAAUGAGAUGAAGAUGGAAGCAAAUGAGGUCGAAAAGGUCUUCGGUCGCGCAUUGCCGAUAAGGAAACUGAGGUAGUUUCUUCUUUUUUUCUUUGUCUAUUUCGUCUAUCAAUUUACUUAAUCUCAAUCGAUUUACAUUACCAAUAUAGUGAUUAUUUACAACUCUCAGCUAUUGUUGAGCCUUUUCUCUCUUGUAAUCUUUGAACAUGAGUUAAAUAUGUAUGAAUGUUGUAGAACUACUUCACAGUGUUAUUUAUAUUUAAUUACUUUUUGUGGAA